AUGUUCGAAAGAAUAUUUGGUCGAUACGGUCGAGUCGCCGUGGGAAUCCACCUACUACUUCAGUACGAGGACACCUACAAAUCUUCUCCAAAUCUACAGCCAGAAGCUGCCGCAGUAUUUGCCGACUUACUGGAGAUGGUAUUCAGUACAUCAACCAGCUGCGUGGAAGGGCUCAAGAGCAAAGAUCCUGAUCAGAACAUCGCUCGAAAUGUCGACGUGGCAUUCUUGACAUACGCUAAGCGAUACUCCAAUCGCUGGAAUACUAUCGUGGAAUCGUCUACUGCAAAAAUAGUGCAGGAAAGCUCACUUAUUUACUCCAGCCCUGAAAUUGGCAGUCUUCGUCAAUUCCUUGGGGUACAAGAUCGCCCCUUUCAGUUCAUACUAGAUUCUCGCAGCCACAAAUUAGCCGAAGGAUCUUUUGAGUGGUUCAAUAAUACGCUUUACGAUUUCACUGUGGGAAGUUCCCCGGUAUUGCUCGUUACUGGUGAGCCUGGCUGUGGAAAGAGCGCCCUUUCCCAGUGGACGAUGGACAGAUUGCAAGAGUCUAAUGAGCACGAGGCCUGGAAUAUCAUUCCGUACACAAUUCGCGCGGACAUUCCUGUCGCCACCUUGCCGCUGCGGAUUUUGAAAGGAAUCUUACAUCAGAUGCUGGAUCACUGCGUGAGUGACAAGCGGAUUCAAGAGAACAUCUUGAUACAUGCAGCAAAAGCAGCUCAGAGUGCCCUCGAUGGUGCUAAAGACCACCGCGUCGAAGAAAACCUUUGGCAGGGGAUCCAAGCUGGACUAGAGGCUGAUAUUCAGUACAUGUUCGUGUUGGAUGGGCUUGAUCAAAUCAAAGGCGGCCCCAGCCUUGGAGCCAAGUUCCUUAGCAGGUUCAGCGAGACUUUGUCUCUGCAGAACUCUGGAUCCAAAAUGAUUGCGUUCAGUCGGCCAAUCACCCAAAUAACAAGUACCGGUGGAUUCCAGCAUUUUACAAUCCAGGCUACCCACACCCAAACCGAUCUGGCAACUUACGUUUCCGAGACUCUUUCCUCUAGUUUUGACUCCGACCACACGAACAAUGAUCAACUAGUGUCUUCUGUUGCUAAUGUUGUCACCGAUAUCAUCAAUCAGUCCAAAGGAUCCUUUAUCUGGGCUGAAUUGGCCCUUGAGUAUGCUCGUCAACAGAAAACUCUGAAUAGGGCCGUGGCUGCGGUUCACACCUUACCUGAUUCUAUACCGAAGCUGCUUGAAUUUCAUAUUCAACACUUGGACUUGAGUCAACGCGAGACGAUGUCAGUUCUUUCAUGGCUAGCAGCGGCUGAGAGACCGCUGCUGAUUGAGGAAAUCGACCAGCUCCUUUUGGUGGAUCACAAUACCCCGAGCUUCAUUGCUUCGAAGCCCGCGCCGACGAAUGCAUGGAGUGAAGCACUGAGCCCUCUCAUCAUGACUCGCGAUGGUGUCAUUUCUUUUGCUCAUACCUGUAUCCGAGAUCAUGUCCUUCAACAGGCUAAAACACCGGUUUCAAGAUCACUGUUCAAUAUUGGGGAUGCUCACUUUGAUUUGCUUAACAAAUGUCUGGCAUGGGUUCAGCUAAGUGUGCGUGAAGAAUCCGGGCUCGCGAUGGACAAGUUGAGCAGCAGCGAACGCAACCAUCUCUUUGACAAGUAUCCCAUUUUGGAAUACACAGCGCGAUACUGGCUGUCGCAUUUCCUCAAUUCGAACCUGGUCAAUGCUAAGGGUGACUUCAAGUUCGGCGCCAGCUCCAAAAACCUUAUACCUGACACGGUCUUGUUUUCGCGCCUUGAGCUGACCUGCCGCGAGUCUCAAUUCACUCGCUCGAGCGUAGUUGAAUUAUACCGUCUCGCGACAGAUAUACGCCGGUCUGUCUUGGGUGAUAAGUCUCUGGCUUUCCUUCAGAGCUUACUCUUUACUGCCCAAGCUUCAAAGCUAGCCAAUGCAAGCCAUGCCGAUGAGCAUUGCUUCGAGGCGUGGCAGAUCAGCCAAGAGCUCCUAGGGCAAUCUGACCCCAUCACUUUGCAGUGCAUGGAAAUGAUGACUGAAAUGUUCAGUAAACGUGGCAGCAUGACUCCUGACCAGGAGGCUACUCUUCGGUACCUUAUCUUGGCAGAUUCAGAGGUCACAGGAAUUGAUUUCGACCAACGCAUGAAGCAUCUGGGAAUGAUGGUUAGCAUUUAUCAAGCUAGCGGUGACGAUGAGCCCGGCCUUCACCUCUCAAAGCAAUUCUACCAAGUCAUCGCCCAGAAGUACGGAACAAACUCCAGGAAAGCUUCUGAAGCAGCAGAUUUUCUUACAGACCAUUUCUCCACCGGAAGUGAGGAGAUGAAUCGCGACAUCGCUCGAACCAAGUACGACAACAUGCGGAACACGAUGGAAGUUACGAAUGAUCGUCGUAUUCAGCAUUCAUUAUACCUGGCUCAACUGUACGAAAAGCAAGGUGAUGAUGCACAGGCUCGAGGCGUCCUGUCCAGUCUCUGGUCUGGUCUUAAUUCACGCGAGAUCGAUACUGUGGACACAAUGGAUAAAAAGGCAAAUGUCGCUCUUGCCUAUCAUCAGUACCUGCAUCGACAAGGUCGGGAUCAAGAAGCUGAUGCGGUCAUGAGAGAGCUCGUCGCAGACCUUGAAGUCACUGGGGUGCACUCACCAGAGAUGAUGCAGGGUGUUCGCCUGCUUCGUAGUGAAACUCAUGCGAUGCACAUGUAUGACCUAGAGCGUUCUCUGUCAAUCUUGAUGUGGCAUUACUACAAGGAAGCCAACGAGGAAUACUCUCCGGAGGCGAUGUCCCUUGCACUUUGGCUGGCUGAAAGCACAGCGAGUGCCGCUUCUAUUAACGGAACUACCAAUUUGAUGAACGGUCAAGACCAAGGUAGCCAGUUGAUGGUGGAACUCAUUGAUUCAAUAUGCUCCUCCCCUGAAAACCUCUCCGUGUCCACAUUGAUCCUAUGCCACAGCCUGGCCAGCAAUCACAUGCGUGCGGGUGACUGGGUGGGUGCAAAUGAUUGCACCAAGGCUGCCCUCCGGUACAUCUGGCCGACAGUCGAAGAUCAAGGCUCCCAUCCAAAGUUUUCCAGAGAACUGGCACCUCCUGUGGCCGAUCUAGCCCUUGCUUUGGCAUAUUGCCAUUUCCGCAGAUUGAACCUUGAACAGGCCACUAUUGUGUAUGCAAAUGCAUUUGGUUCACUCAAAUCAUCUGAGAAUGUCCCAGUGGCUUCUGUCAUGGCCGUCGCAAAGGCUGUUGUCGAGUUCUACGAGACCACUUUCCAGUUCACCAGAGCCUUGACUCUUCUUAAUGAGUUGAGCAGCUUUUUGGCGACGAGGCUGGGUCAAAGUCACAAGCAUACGGUAGAUAACAUGUACCUUGAAGCAACUUUAGCGAAGCGCCUCAACAUGGAUCGCGAAGCGAAGAAUACUUAUCAGCGUAUCUACGCAUGCACGACUUACGACGACAAGAUUGCACUUGAGGGAUUUGAAGCUGCGUUUGCGCUCAUCAGCCUGUACGAGAAGGAGAAUCAAUGGAAAGCAGCCCUCGGCAUCUAUAGACAUCUGUGGCCGAGUCUCGCCUCGAGCGAUAAUAUCUCGCGUACCGACCGGGCGACCGUAGAGCGCUCCCUCGAGAAAACCUUUGUGGGCUAUAUGACGACACUUAGCUCACAUCCCAACGACACCGAGUUCUCUGAGCACCAUAAAGUCUAUUCCGAUUAUAUUGCAGCAUGUCGAAAUGUGUACGGGCCAACGCAUCCAAAGACCUUAAGUGCUACGCUCUUACUUGCCGAGCUUUGUGAGACCAACAAGUCUUCAAGAGAUCAAGCAAUUUCUCUGUAUAAAAAAUCUCUGGAAACAAAUGAAUGGGUUUCGGCAUCUCAGUUGUCAAAGGGCCUUGAGCAAAUGACCUACCCCUUGCCCAUAACUCUGAAACACAAGCUGGCGCAGCUUUAUGUCCAGAAGAAGGACUCGGGAAGCGAUGCUCGUUCCCUUUACACAGAGGAAUUCCAGCUAGCAAAGAAGACACAAGGCUACUAUUCAAGGACAACACUCUCAUGGCUUCGAGAAUUAGCUCUGGCCCAUUCGCACCAAGGAACGCCAGCGUCUAUUCAGCAAGGAAAUGCUCUUUUGCACACCUAUAUUACUGAUAUACUCCAUGGAGAAAGCGCUGAGACAGAUACGAUGGACGACUGGGCACGCAAGAUUGGCACCAUUUAUGUGGAAUGUGGUUUCAUCGAUGGGGGCAAUGCUGUGCUGGAUGAAUUGCGACAGCGCGUGGUAUCAAGCCCCGAUAAAUCCGCAAAGACCCUCAGAGAUCAGCGUGACGCCGUAUUCGUCUCAGCUUUCGAAGAGGCCUUCAGUCGCAGAGCAAGCUCGGAUGUGAUCAUGGAUGAAAUGGCCCGAGAAAUGCAGACACGGCAAGAAUUCUCCAAGAAUCUAUCCAGUCACGACUUCAUACCUGCUUUGGUCUCCGGUAAUCGCCUGGCUAAUCUCCAGGCAGACCAGAAAAGAGACCACGCCGCAAAACGCACGCGCGAUAGGUUGUAUGAGUACUUUUGCUCGACCCUGUCUGCUACUCAGAUUGCAGAUCGUGGGAUCGUCCAGCACUUCUACCAGAUCUGUCUUCGAGAGGCCGAUAAUGAGAAAUACAUCGCCAAGAUUCUGAACAGGACCACAAAGUUAGUUCGUGAUCUCUGCAAAGCCUCUAAGUUUCAAGAGGCUAGUGAUAUUACUGGAGUCCUUCAUUCGUUCCUUCACUUGACAGAUGGUCUGGACAAUUAUGACAACAUUAAGACCGCCACUAAGCUUUGCUUAUACCUCAGCGGCAACAAUAUCACGAAAUGCGAAGGAAAGAGUGUGUGUCGCGAAAUGUCGCUGAAAUCCAAGCUCCUCCUGCAGGAAAUUAUGGAAUCUUCCAAAGCCAUCGGCAUCGAAAUAAUUGAUCUCCCGUUCACCGACCUGAAUGACAUGAUCACCCUCUUCGGCGAAUACGAGAUGUUUGACGAACUCGAAGCAACCCUGACCCAGCUCUGGACAUCGAGAAUCGUCCAGCGCACCUGGUUCCCAGAUGUGGUAGUCUGGGUCGGUCGAAGGUUGGUCGAGACACGCUUCUGCCGGGGUUCAGUCGACUCCUCCAUCCAGCUGUGCCGCGACAUCUGCUACAACCUGCGGCAGAUGACGAAGCUCCUGUCAGGACUUUUCACUGCAUCUGGAGAUCACAAAUCAGCUACCACGCUCCACGAAGCCGCUUUGCAUGAUCUCUUGGGGGACGCGGAUGCCAAGAAUCACCCCGACGCAGCUGAUGUUGCGUCGCAGCAUUUGGAGCUGCUGCGUCGAGCACAGGCAAGACUUGGUACUGGCCAGAGCACUUCGAGGGCUUCCGCGCAUGAGAGCCUGAUUGCGCACGUCACCGAGAAAUUCGGACUCAAGCCAGAACAAGUGCAGAAUAUCGGCGAGGUGCACGGCGGAGAGGCUUUUGGAAUGUGGUCCAGGCCCAGACGGUUUAGUAUUGAUGUUGAUGAUCUCGAUGAUCAGGGCCAGGUGCAUCAAAAUCGUCUGCGAGAGUCGAGUGGGCCUGGCACAAUGAAUGGUAGUGGUGCUCCAAGAAGAAUCUCAGUGCAGGCUUUGUAG